AUGAGCCUGUUUACUGCGUCGCCUCUUUUGCGUUCGUCGGUCGCGCCCAGCCGGGGUGUUAUGGGCGCGGUGCGCUUCGUGCCCGGCUCGGUUGCACUUGCGCAGCAGCAGCCGCGCUCGCUGACCACCUCGCCGGUCGCGCGCGGCCUGCCGUGGGCGAAGCGCGUCGAGACCCGCCCUGUGUCGCAGGAGCAGGACUUUAAGGAGCUUAACGUUGUGCGCAACGACCGCCCGAUCUCGCCCCACUUUACCAUCUACCAGCCCCAGCUCACCUGGUACACCUCGAUCGUGAACCGUGUGACGGGCGCGGGUCUGAGCUUUGGCCUGUACACCUUCAUGACUGCGUACGCUGUUGCGCCGCUUCUGGGCUACACCGAGUGCCUCUCGUCGGCACACCUCACGCAGGUCGUGGCCGAGCUGCCCCAGUGGGCCAAGCUUGCGGUCAAGGUGCCGCUGGCGGCUUCCAUCUCUUUCCACAGCCUGAACGGCCUGCGUCACCUGUCGUGGGACAUGGGCUACGUGCUCGACCUCAAGAAGUCGUACGUCGCCGGCUACACGGUGAUUGCUGCGACGGCUCUCGCGACCGUCGGCCUUUGCUUGCUGUAA